AUGAACAAGACGCCCACCACGACCACCGCGCCGGCAGCCCCGGGGUACAGCAGCAUUCCCACCGCGAACGGAAGCCGCCCCCCAUCACGCCACAGCGGCACGCGUCCCGUCGCCCCGGCUACCUCGGCGGCGACUAUCGCAGCGGGCAGUCGCCGGGCACUGUCGUCGACGGUGGUACCGUCGCCCAACACAGCAGCCGCCUCACUCCAUCGCGAUAUUCCCUCCUUCCUGCAGCCGUCCGGGAGCGCUGGCGGGCUCCUGCUCUCGCGGCGUGGUGGGGCUGCCGCGGCCACCGCCGGGACAGGCGCACACGGCACCUCCACCUCUUCGCGUGGACGAGAGCUGCUUGAGGCGGCGCUGAAGUCGCGCGGGAGCCGCGGCUCGCAGCUGCGCAGCAGCGAUGCGGUCCAACCCGCGACUCCCGCGGAGCGCAGUCUGACCUCGCUGCACAGCAAAGAGAAGAUGGAAAGGGAUUCGGCAGAUGGGGCGCCCGCGCUGGAGAUGCGGAAGCCAGCAGCCCCUGUGACAGACGGCGUAGCCAGCGCUGCCUCACAAGAGGGGGUGAGAAAGGAAGACGGUGUGUUCAGCGGGCACCGACGGACCUCGACCGGGGACUACUCCAUCGCGUCGCGGAGUUACCGCGCGGCCGACGCGAGCGGGUGCACCUCGCCGGUGCUGUGCGUGCCAGCGCUGCAGCCCGGUCAACCGCCAGCGCACGACGGGCCGACGAACCACAAGGACGGACACACCUUCUCCUCCUCCGCGCGAGCGGAGAGAACUUCAAACGAGUUGAUCGCAGGUGAGGUGGACGCGUCGACGAAUGAGGUGUGCGACAUUGCUCACAGCCACACGCCGCGCUCCGGCGCGAUGGAGCCGUUGCCGACGCCGACGGAGGAGACCUCCCAACGCAACACCAGCGCGUCGCCCGGUUUGCUCCCGCAAAGCGCCACGCUGUUGCCUCAACCAGCGGAGGAGGAGGAGCGGGAGAAAGAUGACGGAAAGCAAGCAACGACGUCAGCCGCCGCACGCGGUUGCAACCCCUUUCUUGACUCCGGUGCGGACGAGGCGGACGCUGUCUUUGGGCUGGACGCUCCGCUGGUGGAUGCGUCGCCGCUGCCGGAGCAGCCGCCGCCGCUGACGCUGACGGGAGACGCCGCUCGGACCCAACCUUUUAACCCUUUCGCAGACGCGCCGCGGACGGGCGGCGGCCGUGCCGAGGUUCCCUUGGCUCCCCCACCCUUGCCAAAGCCACAACUGUCACAGCAACAUCCACGGCAGCAGACUUCUCAAAGGGGUCCCCCAACCAGCGUCGCUGCGCCGCCGCUGCAGCCGCCUCCACUCCCGCCUCUGCCACCGCCGCGUCUGGCGACACCAAACGGUGCUGCGUCGCUCUACCCAAACAACGACUACAAAACUCCGCGUGGCGGCGCUGCAGGUGGAUCGGUGCCGCAGGCGCAACAACAGCAGCCUUCAACAGGGCUGCCACUGCCCUCAACUUCAUUCGGCAGUGCCGUGCGUGGCUCCUACGCGGCCUCGCCGUACGUCCGCGAAGGGGAGGGCGCGCGGGCCGUUUAUGAGGACUCCCCGCUGCCGCUGCGUCCGCCGUCGUUCAACAGCAUGCCGCAGCUGGAGGGGGAAGAGGCGCAGGCGCAGGCACACGAGCAAGAGCAAGAACAAGAGCAAGAGCAGGUGGUACCGAGUCUGGAAGGGAAAGACGAUGACCUUGGUGGCCACUUGUUACAGCAAGAGCAGCAGCAGCAGCCGGUAAAUUACGAAGGCGAUGGCGGGUCAAACAGCGUUGAGCACCCAUUCGAGUGGGAUACGACGGAGCCUGGAAUGGGUAACGCGGCAGCGAAUGCCGACGUCGAUGACGGAAGCUACCUCAGCAGUAGCGAAGAGCAAAGCGCGCGUGCGCGUCGUCUGACACAGCUGCCGAGUGACACUAUUGCUCAAGUCACGCUGGCUGCACACCAUGAUCCGCAUCCGCACGCGGCUUCCCCUUCAUUUCCAGAGAACAGAGCUGCAGCAGCUGCUGCCGUCCUUACUGAACUAUCCGCUGUCGAGCAGACAUACCCACAAGCUGAAGCACCGCCGCCGCCGCCACCGCCGCUAUUGCCGCACUCCGUCCCUGCAGACCACAACCGUGGAGCUCCAAAUCCGUUUGCGUCGCGCCGGCCCGACUCCAGUGUGGGGCGUGUGGACGAUGCUCGUCUGCAGCAUCAGGGGCUUCUGCCGUCGCGUGUGCAGGUGGCCCAGCAACUCGCUCCAGGGGACGCAGCCGCCGCGAUGACGCGCGAACAUCCACAGAACUCACCCAACGGAGAAGGGGAGGCACCCGCAAGGCAUCAGUGCGAGGGUCUCUCGCAGAUCAGCGCUGCCUUUUUGGAUACUCACUUUGACAGCGGCAACAACACUGCACAGGCGUACCUGCGAUCUGCCUCACCGCCUGCGCCGCCGCCGCCGCUACAGCCGCAGCAACCACCGGGUAGUUCGUCUCCCCACGACGUGAAGGAACACGACGAUUACUCGCACGCGAGUUUCGCCUCCGCCUCCAAUCCAUUCCUCGACACCAAUGAGGAGGCGCUCCCUCCGCCCGGAAACCAGACCGCCGCCGCCACAGCCGCGACGACGACGUCAAAGCUGCACGUGAAACCGGUGCUGAAGCCCCCCAAUGCCCUCAACAUUUCCUUGAACUCCCUGACGCCGCAGCAAAUGUCUCCAAACGUCUUCUCCGCUUCGCUGGAGCCGUUGGGCGGCAACGCGAACCCCCCGCCGGGGCAGCCAAUCUCCAACCCGAGCUCCGUCAACGGCGGCCCUCCGCUCAGCCUCAACGAGGACGACCUGAACGCCGCCGUCAACAGCAACAACGCCAUCCCAACGAACGGCGUGUCUGUUGGUGCGGCAAGCCAGACGCCUAGUGGGUUGGCGCUCGUGAACCCCUUCUCGAAGGCGGCGCGCAACAGCGCGGGGACCGCAGUGGCGGACGUGGGGAGCACCGCUGGACAGUCACCCGCUACCUCCCUCACGAGCUCCUUUGCAGGGCGGCGCAAGUCACGCCGGCUCAGUGCCCCGAGCUUCGCCAUCUUUGUCGGUGGGGCCGCCACGGGGGUGCCAGACACGGAAGUGAGGAGGGGCGUCUCAUGCAUCGCGGCGUGCUUCAACCACCCACGUACGCCGUCGCCGCCCGGAAAUGUCGGUGUUCACGGCAACGGCGCAACGGCGGGACGCACCUGCUCCCCCCCCGCACAGGCCUCCCCCGGCAGCGGCGCGGUGUCGCACGCGAGUUCCUUCCGAACUCCCCCGGCGAACGCAUCGAACCGCCCCAGCGGCGCUGCAACCGCCACGCCGCGUUCUGCCGGUGCGACGAACGAAAGAUCAAGCAGCAACAAUGGUGGUAGGAAUACGCUCUCUUCCGGCAGUGGCAUCUACCUCAGCUUCUGCAGCAUGACGGAGGCGCUGACCGCGAAGGGCUCGGUGAUUGACCGCAAGGGAAUUCGCGGCACCGAGUCGGGACGGCGCUACCUACGCGUGCUGCGGGACGCAGUGCUGCCGUGUGCUCUAGCGGCAAACGAGUGGGCCGCCAACGGGCCGAGGUGGUGCGAUAUGGAGGCGGCGAUGCAGUCUCUCGAGAACUGCGUGUCUUCCCCGCUCGCCAGCGUGUUGACGAUCAUCUUGAAGGACGCCAUGAAGGAGGAGACGCAGGAGGGCUUUGUGUGGAAGGACAACGGCGGACGACGAUUGGGAGAGUUACUGUUGGUGUCCGCUCAGGCAGAGGCUCGCAAGCACGCCAUCACCGCCUCGGAUGGGAGGGGCAACGCGGCUCUGGCUUCUGCGUUAAAUGCAUCUCCGCUGAAUUCUUCGAUAGCCGGCGGCGGCUCCAGCGUGGUGAUGGACGCAAAGGAGAAAUCGGCAGCGUUGCUGAAGGUCGAGGAUCUCCUUUGCACUGGACAGCGCGUGGAGGCGGUCGGGGUAGCGCUGGAGGCGCGGUUGUACGUGCACGCCCUCCUCAUUUCCAUGAUGUGCCCCACGAAAGACGAGUAUCUCCGCACGGUGCAGGCGGUCACGCAGAAGGAGCUGCUCUCAUACUCCCCGCUGGCCCAAGCGUACAGCAUGUUUAACGAGCUGCCACUGCCCCCGCUGCUGCCGCCAUCACUUCCACAGGCUUCCGCAAAGCACGAGGAAGAGGACGGUGCGGCUGGCCAGGAUGCGCGGCGCACGCGUGAGCUCCUGUUGCGAGACCAGGCCAUCUUAAACGGUACGUGGCGUCGUCAAGCGGCAAUGUUGGUGGCGAACUUCACGCGCCACAGCGGCGAGGGAUUGCUGAGGCUUGCCGGCAACCUGCACCAACUCCACCUUGUCGUAGAGGCGCACACCUGUCUCUUGUUGCUGCACCUCACUCCACUAGGGAUGGCAGGCCCCGUCCGUGCCGGAGCACCGCCGCUGCCGCCUGUGUCCACCAUGUCCGCAGAGGAAAUCGAGGACGUGCUGCCGCGGCCCGAUCAACGGCAGGUGAUGGACGAGAUUCGCCGUCGCAUCGGCGUGGUGGGCGGCUGGUACCACCCCACGCAGGGCUGCCGUGCGAGCUUCCUGACUCCAGUGACUACACUGUUGACGCAGCUGCUGCAGCUUGCGCGGGAGCAGCUGAACGCACGUGCCCCGCCGCUGGAGGUGCCAGGGCUGGCUGGCCCACCGGUGCCUUUCCACGGCCUACCGGGCUGCCCGCCGCGCACCGACGUCGGCUACCGCAUGAUGCAGGUGCUGUGGCUGCGUGAGGUGGGGCUUGUGCGGGAGUCAAAGCAGGCCCUCGCGGCGCUGCGACAGCGCAUGCCCACGCCGGCUGCCUUCUCCCUCUGCGCCCCGCCCCGCACGUUGAAUGAACUGGUGUACUUGUUUGGUGGACUGCCUCCGCCACCACCACCGGAGUCCUUCGGCGCAGAGUCGCCGACGCUGCCACGUGACGUGUCCACACCAGGGAGCACGUCCGGCUCACGGCAUCCCUUUUCCAACACCGCCUCUAUCGCCUUGGAGACCCACUCGGCGGAGGAGAGACGGUUGGACUCGGGUGAGUUUGUAGGGCGUGGCGGACGUGAUGGGUCGGGACAGAUUCCGAGUUCUCCAGACGACCGGCAGGCGGAUCAGCAGCUACUUCCACAGCCACCGCAGCAGCAGCAGCAAGGGAAGCCGCCUGCUGUGACAGGUCUCACGCCGACACAGCGCGCCACCGCUCUCCAACCACCCACGCGGCCACAGCAGCAGCCGCCACCGCCGCCGCCGUCAAACACGCGAAGUCCACCGGCUCCACCGCCACCGCAGACCGCAGCUGCGCGCCCAGAGGAAAGAACGGACGGGAACCGCAAUAAGCCGGCAGCAAAGCCGGCCGCCAAGCCGGCAAGUCGUCGCUCCCGCUCCAUGGAUGCACUGCGCAACUUUUUCUUCCGCCGUGGCAAGAGCGAGGCGGAGGGCGGGGAGAAGACGGAGGAGGCAAAGCCGAUGCACCUCGACACGGAGAAGGCGCCUGCCUUUGACCCGGUCACAGGGCGGUGGAUGUUCCCCGAGACGGACGAGGAAAAGAAACUGCGUGAGCUGACGAAGCAAGGACCGCCCAAGAUGGCGCCGAAGGCAGCUGCUGCUGCGGAGCCUGCUGGGGUGGCUGGCGGUGGGCCACUGGCACCGCGCGCGAGGAGCCCUCCUGGUCUUCCGCCGUCGUCAGCGCCUGCGGCUGCUGGCGGUGGCGGUGCGACGCGACCUGCACCCACGCACGGUGCUCCGGCUCCAAAGUUUGCGCCGGGUCGUGGGGCGCCGCCGCCGAUGAUGGCAGGCCGCGGUGGGGUGCGUCGCCCCGGUGGGCGGCAGCAGUACGUCGAUGCGUUCAACAACGCAAAUUGA